UGGUGUUUGCUGGUGCUCAAGUAGCCCUGCUACGAUAUAUAUAUAUAUAUACCCAAGUGUCUGAUCAUCUCUUCCUCAGAACACACACAUCGCCAAGCUUCAUGGACGCCAUUGUUAUGUACCCAUCACCAGCAAUUGGUCACUUAAUCUCCAUGGUUGAGUUAGCUAAACUCAUCCUCAAUCAUCGGCCUUCACUUUCCAUUCACAUCAUCGUUUUUGAUCCACCUUACGACGCCGGCUCCACCGCCCCUUAUAUUAAUAAAGUUUAUGCUACAAUUCCUUCCAUAAUCUUCCACCAUCUCCCCACUAUUACCCUCCUUCCAUCAAUCAUCUCCUCUUGUCAAAUCCCUGAAACCCUUACCUUUGAAGUCCUCCUCCUUAAUAAUCCUAAUCUUCACCAAGCCCUCGUUUCUAUCUCCAACAAUUACACCAUCUUUGCUUUCAUCGCCGACUUUUUCUGCUACGCUGCUCAAUCUGUCACUGCUAAAUUCAAUUUCCCUACUUAUGAAUUCUUCACUUCUGGUGCUGGUUGUCUCUCUCUCAUGCUUUGCUUUCCCACGAUUCACAAAAACACCACCAAAAGUUUUAAAGAUAUGGAUAACCUUCUUCAUAUUCCUGGCGUCCCGCCCAUGCCAGCCAAAGACAUGCCACAACCAUUCCUUGAACGUGAUGAUAACGUCUAUCAGUACUUUUUAGAUGCCACAAUUCAGUUGCCAAGAUCAGCCGGAAUUAUAGUGAACACUUUCGAGUCUCUUGAACCAAGAGCUGUAAAAGCAAUGACAGACGGGCUAGGUGCGCCGGACGGUCCCCUUCCACCGCUUCCACCCCUCUACUGCAUCGGACCAUUAAUUGCAUCGGAUAAUCGGGGAGGUAGCAGCCAUGGUGGCGGUGGUGGUGAUAGUGAUAGUAAGCCAGAGUAUUUGGCGUGGCUCGACACGCAGCCGAUCCAAAGUGUUGUUUUUUUGUGCUUUGGUAGCUUAGGACGGUUCUCUGCAGAACAGUUGAAAGAAAUUGCUGUGGGGUUGGAGAGAAGUGGCCAAAGGUUUUUAUGGGUGGUGAAGAAUCCACCUCAAUUAGACACGGACUUAGAUUCGAUAUUUCCAGAAGGGUUCUUGGAUCGAACUAGGGAAAGGGGGUUCGUUCUCAAGUCCUGGGCUCCACAAGUGGAAAUUUUGAAUCAUGACUCGGUGGGUGGGUUCGUGACUCACUGCGGGUGGAACUCGGUGCUUGAAGCAGUGUGUGCUGGUGUUCCAAUGUUGGCAUGGCCUCUCUAUGCUGAGCAAAGAUGUAAUAGGAUAUUACUGGUGCAAGAAUUAAAAAUCGCUUUACCAAUGGUGGAGUCUGAGAAUGGGUUUGUGAGUUCAACUGAAGUGGACAAGCGAGUUAGAGAGUUUAUGAACUCGGAGGAAGGUGACUCCGUUAGGAGACAAACCAAGGCCAUGAAAAAUGAAGCAAAAGCAGCAUUGAAUAAGGGUGGAUUCUCGUGUGUUGCGUUAUUCAAAUUGUUUGAGUCAUGGAAGCUAAAAUGAGUUGAUUCUGACUCGGUACAUAACGUAUUCUGUAACGCUGAUUUAUAGUUUGAAAUUCUAUCGUUUCAGAAUUUUAAUUUGUUAAUA